AGUGCAAGCAUCUGUAUUUGUUGUCGUAUUUCAGAAAACAUAUUACAUAGUUCGCAUUGUUUCAGAGAAAAUGGAAACCUACGAUGUUAUUGUAAAUCAACCAGUUGUCAUAGACAAUGGUUCCGGUGUAAUAAAAGCUGGGUUUGCCGGAGAUCAAAUCCCAAAAUGUCAUUUCCCGAAUUAUAUCGGGAGACCAAAGCAUACUCGGGUGAUGGCCGGAGCUCUAGAGGGAGAUCUGUUUGUAGGGCCGAAAGCUCAAGAGCACAGAGGACUACUCAGCAUUAAGUAUCCAAUGGAACAUGGUAUUGUCACAGAUUGGAACGAUAUGGAGCGUAUCUGGCAGUAUAUUUACAGCAAGGAUCAGCUUCAGACCUUCUCUGAGGAGCAUCCCGUUCUACUAACAGAAGCUCCGCUCAAUCCCCGGAGAAAUCGGGAGAAAGCCGCGGAGAUUUUCUUCGAGACGUUUAACGUCCCCGCCCUGUUCGUCUCUCUACAGGCUGUCCUCAGUUUAUACGCUACAGGACGAACAACAGGAGUAGUCCUAGAUGCAGGAGACGGUGUAACCCAUGCUGUUCCUAUAUACGAAGGGUUUGCUAUGCCUCAUAGUAUAAUGAGGGUGGAUGUGGCAGGACGGGAUGUAACGAGAUAUUUGAAACUUCUCCUCAGGAAGGAAGGGGCAAACUUCAGAACAACUGCUGAAUUUGAGAUCGUGCGACAGAUAAAGGAGCGAGCUUGUUAUCUAGCAAGUAACCCUGCCAAGGAGGAAACCCUGGAGACGGAAAGGAUUAGUUACACGCUUCCAGACGGCUCCAGUUUAGAUAUAGGCCCUGCUAGGUUUCGAGCUCCGGAGGUUUUGUUCCGACCUGAUCUGAUCGGAGAGGAAUACGAGGGACUUCAUGAGAUUCUAGUUUUAGCAAUCCAAAAGUCUGACAUGGACUUAAGAAAAGUUCUAUUUCAGAACAUUGUUCUAUCCGGAGGAUCCACAUUGUUCAAAGGGUUCGGGGAUCGACUCCUCUCUGAGGUGAAAAAGCUGGCGCCCAAGGAUAUAAAGAUAAGAAUAAGUGCUCCGCAAGAACGUCUUUACUCGACCUGGAUCGGAGGAUCUAUCCUGGCUUCCCUAGAUACCUUCAAGAAAAUGUGGGUUUCAAAGAAAGAGUAUGAAGAGGAAGGCCUAAGAGCAAUCCACCGGAAAACUUUCUAAUCUUGAUUCUCAAAUUAAACCCAAUCCUGCAAUCCCCUUUUGAUUCUGUGCAUUUGAUCGAAGUUAUGUAUUUGUAAAAAAAAAGUUCCACGGAAUUUGAAAUUAUAAACUUCUUCAAAUUAAAAUUAAUUUCCGAUUUAGAAAUUUGACAGUUUAGUCUUACAAAACUGCCGAUGAAAGAACCCUGGAUAAACUUGUGAUAAAAACCAAAAAUGGAUUCUUUGUAGCUUCUCCGGGAUGCAUUCUUAUUCUCACAUAUAAACAUAACCCUGAGAGCUUAUCCAAAAUCAAGAUAUCCCUGCCCAUGGACCAGAAAAAUAGACGCCAUUUCUUUUGAUUACCACACGCAAACUCUUUAUUUUUUUAAAAGAUAUUUUAAACCAUUUUUUAACAAGAAAUAAUGAUUAUUAACUUAAACUGUUUUACCUAUUUUUUUUAACUGAAAGCUUUGUGUUUAUUUAAAAAAUUAAUCGAUAGCGAAUAAAAUGUGGAACGCUAUUUUUGCCGGUUUUGUAAAUGGAUCUUACUCUUCGUCCACUUCCGUUGAGUGGUCUAUUCUCAGUGCUAGGUUUUAUUUAGUAUUUAUUAUGAUUGGUCCAGGGUCCUUGUGUUGAAACGGAUCCGGAUUCGACUAGAAAUUUUAAAAUCUAAAAUGUUUUCCUUUUUUAAAAACUUUUUUUUGGAUUUUUCAGUUUUGUAUUCCCUAAGUCUUGGAAUAAUCAUGCUUAAAACUUGAAACAAUUUUCCGUUAAACCCGGAUCCGGGUGAAUUGGAGGAUUCGAUCAUUUAGGGAUCACAGGCUCUGUUCAGUGUUAAAUCCUUGAAAUUAUUUCAUAGAAUUCAUACAAUUCAUACAAUUCAUUCAUACACCAAAUUUAUUAAUUAUUUCACCUCUCCUUCUGCUUACUUUUUUUAUUAACCCGCCUAACUUUUACUUUUUUACCAAGAAAUUUUAUAUGAAAUAAUAUUUUGUCCUGAACCAGUAAAAUUGGAACAUUAAUCAAUAAGCAUUUAAUAAUUUAAAUAAAUGAAAAUGUGAUCAAUAUCUUAAUUAACUAGCACUUAAACUCGAAAUUGUAUUUGUAAUUAAAACACGAAAUAUACAAAUAAAUGUCAA